GCUCGAGUCGUCUCUGCUUUCUCAGCUGGACCAUGAUCAUUAAAGGCGAAAAUGCCUUCACCUCCUCCCCUCUCAAAACAUGAAACCACAAACCAAAACGAGCCUAAUCUUACGGAGUUCAUAGCAGAAUUGUCAUUGGAUCCCGAACGCGAGCCUAUUGCAUCGGAACUAGGGGUCUUGCAGUCCAUAUAUGGAGACGAAAGUAUCAAACUUUGGUCUUCUAAUGGUUCUCCAGAAUCGACACCCAACGGUUCUUCAACCAAUAACGGAGAUGCAGGCACCAUUCGGUAUGAAGUCACUCUGAGUCUACCAGCACCGUUCGACGAUACAACAUUUAUCGUACUUGUUUCUUUACCGUUGUCUUAUCCUGCAUCUUCUCCGCCGCAGCUUCAACUGUUAUCCAGGUAUAUCGGUCCUUUCGGCGUUGAUCCAGCCCUUUUCGGAGCAAUCCUUCGCACGUUCAUAUCAAGCGAAGGUGUUGAAUGGACUCCAGACAGUGUCUGUGUAUUUGACGGGCUGGAAUGGGUCAGGGAACGAUGCGCUGAAUGGUUCGAACACCAAAAAAAUGAGAAGGCGGUAGGUGAGCUACUGAGAGAAGACGAACGGGGUGUUUCAAGUGCGCAAGUGGAUGCGGAGGAAGGGAAGGGAAAGCAAGUUGCUGAACUUGUGCAUGAGGCUCCUGAUGAUAGCAGGUCAUCUGUGGUCAGUAUGCCAGAGGGAAUUGAGAUCAUCGAGGCAGAACCUAUCACAGAUCGAAAGAGCUCUUUUGUGGGGAGAGCAUGUCGAAUAACUCACCCGUCCCAAGUUCCGCUUGUCCUUGCUCAUUUGAUGUCGGAUCGUCGUAUAGCGAGGGCCGCACAUCCAGUCAUCAAUGCAUGGAGAUGUCAAGUGGGGAACGUACUUCAUCAGGAUAAUGACGACGAUGGUGAGACUGCAGCAGGCGGUCGACUCGCUCACCUCCUGCAAAUCCUUGACGUCAACAAUGUUCUGGUCGUUGUAACUCGAUAUUGGGGAGGUAUACGUUUAGGCCCUGAUAGAUUCAAGCACAUAAAUCAAUCUGCUCGAAAUGCUCUUGAUUUGGGUGGAUUCUUGGAUGCUCCGGAUAGUCAGGUCUCCGGAAAGAGGCAGGGUAGAGGGAAAAAACGAUGACAUGAGAAUAGAAGUUCAAACUCAAGUAGUUGUUUCAUGUAUUUACGUCACAGUAUCCGUACGCACCUACACGGAAAUUCUACUAUAUAUCGUAAACAACACUAUU